GCGACCAUUUCAUUAUAAACCUUUUGAAAUAAGAGAUUGCGCACUACCCUUAUUAUUAUUAAUAAUAAUAAUAAUAAUAAUAAUAAUAAUAAUAAUAAUCAGUGAAAUAAUAUUAUAGAUUACUAUUAUUAUUACUAUUGUUUUUUUCCCCCAGUUAAUAGUAAUUUCAAACAUUUCCUGGAAGAUUUUUACAAGUUUUUUAAAGCCGCCUGCCGGCCUGUCUGUCUAGUGUUCUAUCUAUACACCCGCAUAUAUAUAUCUGCAUACAUACACAUCUAACUAUCUAUCUAUCUAUCUAUCUAUCUAUGUAAAACGCGGAAAACGAGCUUUUUCUUGUUGAAAAAGUAUGUAUACUACAAACAAUUGAUUAAAAAAAGACGGGGAAAAUAAUUAAUAAUAAUAACGACAACAACAAUAACAAUAAUAUUUUAAUCCUGCUUUGUGUUAUUUGUGACGAUAAAUAAUUCAAUUUUUAAGAAAAAAAGAAAUUUACAGAACGAGAUUUAGUAGAGAAAAAAGCAAAACGCGACGCAACCCAAAACGCAAACGCAAUUAUUAGAAAGGACUGCAAUUAUAUUCUUACUAAUUGCUUCAAAUUGAUGUAAUUAUCAUACAUAUUUUUGCAUAUAAUUAAAAGACAACCGAAAGAAAACUUAGACAUAAGAAUAAUAUUAUUUUAUAGUAGUAAUAUUAUUCCAAUUAAGCAUUGUUCCUGUAAACGAAAGUAAGAUUCUACCAGAUCAAAGCAUGGAGGAUGAAGAAUGCAUUGAGAUAUCCCAGAAGAUGUUGGAGUCUAAGAGUUGUGCUGUGAACAUCCAAACGGGCACCAAAAAUCGUAAAGCACGUGGUAGUUGGACUGGCAAACUUGACUUUAUAUUAACGUGUAUAGGUUUUGCAGUUGGACUUGGAAAUAUUUGGAGAUUUCCUUACUUAUGUUACAAAAGUGGUGGCGGUGCUUUCUUCAUUCCAUAUUUUAUAUUCUUGAUUCUCUGUGGUAUACCACUAUUCUUCCUGGAAGUAUCAUUUGCCCAAUUUGGUAGCCUUAGUCCUAUAGCUAUAUGGAGAAUAAGUCCGCUAUUUAAAGGCAUUGGUGUUGGAAUGGUUAUAGUCUCUGGAAUUGUGUGCGUCUAUUACAAUGUUAUAAUCGCCUGGACCUUGUAUUACCUGUUCAUGUCAUUCCGAAGUACUCUUCCUUGGAGUACAUGUGGAAACAGUUGGAAUACCCAAUACUGCGUCGAAGACGAUCACAACAAUGCGUCCGCACUCAAUAGUACCUGGAAUGAGAACGAUACCUACUCUAUAUUCCAGAAUGUCAGUGUAGCCCAUGUUUUUAACCAUUCCAUGAGAGUAUCAGCCAGUGAAGAAUAUUGGGAGAGACAAGUAUUGAAAAUAACAAGUGGAAUUGAAAUUCCAGGAGUAAUUCGUUGGGAGCUCUUGCUGUUCUUAAUCUUUGCAUGGUUGAUAGUAUUUCUCUGUUUGUUUAAAGGAAUUGAAGUUCUUGGAAAGUUGAUGCAUUUUGCUGCCCCUUUCCCUUAUUUUGUCCUCUUCAUCCUUCUCAUUCGUGGGGUCACGUUACCUGGGUCUUUGGAAGGCAUAAAAUUUUAUAUAAUACCAAGGUUUGAGGAACUUAAGAAAUUCCAAGUGUGGGGAGAUGCAGCCCUGCAGAUAUUCUACUCCAUAGGUAUGGCAUGGGGUGGUAUUAUAACUAUGGCAAGUUAUAAUGAAUUUAAUCACAAUGUUUAUAAGGAUGCACUUAUUGUCCCUAUGAUCAAUUGUGCUACAAGUAUCUUCGCAGGUUUUGUCAUCUUCUCAGUUCUUGGAUUUAUGGCUUUUGAAACUGGUGUUAGUGUUGAUAAUGUUGUUAGACAAGGUCCUGGCCUGACCUUUGUUGCAUAUCCUGAAGCUCUUUCUCGGUUACCUAUAUCCUCACUAUGGGCUGUACUAUUCUUCUUGAUGCUUUUUAUAAUUGGUCUUGAUAGCCAGUUUGGGAUGUUUGAGACCAUGUUGAGUGCCUUUAUGGAUGAAUAUCCUGAAUAUCUCCGAGGAAAGAAAACAUUGAUUUGUGCCAUUGCUUGUUUCGUGGAACUUCUGCUUGGACUCCCCUGCAUUACUCAGGGUGGAAUCUAUGUAUUACAAAUCAUGGACUGGUAUUGCGCAAGUUUCUCUCUGAUGUUGAUCUCUCUGGCAGAGUGUGUUGUCAUUGCAUGGAUUUAUGGUGUUGACCGAUUCUAUAAGGAUAUUGAACUCAUGAUUGGUUACCAGCCGUGUCGAUGGUGGAAGAUAUCCUGGUGCUUUGUCACACCUGCAGUUAUUUUGUUCAUUUGGCUUUUCAGUGUUUCUACAUUAGGACCAGUGACAUACGGUGACAUUGAAUAUCCACCAUGGGCCAUAAGAUUUGGCUGGAUUCUUGGAUUAGUUUCUUUGGUUCCAGUUCCUUUGGUGAUGAUAUAUUCCAUUUACAGAGCUGAAGGAACAUUUAUGGAAAGAGUAAAAUUGCUGA